AUGACCCCCGCCAUCCAAGUACCCACUCCCUCCGGGUCACGGAACGGCCCCGAUAUUCCUGGCGCCGGCAAGUUCAAGGUCCCCAAGCUACGCCUUGAGGUGCGCGACCUCUCCCACCCAGGGUCUGCAGUCUUCCUGAGCUCUGUCAAUGCUGCAGAAUGCCUCGCCAAGGCGGCCCGGCAUGUUCUCGCGCUUCUCUAUGAGUCGCCCACGUGUCCCACCACCACAAUGCCAACGACACGAUCUGUCACGCUUGUACUCCGUAGCAUGUCGGGAGUAGCCUACACCACUGGCUCAGAGCUUGAUAGUGAUCACAAAGAGAUCCACUUCUCUGUCGACUAUAUCUCCAACAUCCACCCCAUUUCUCGCCGUACAGACGAGAUUCACGGCGUGCUCACUCACGAACUCGUUCACUGCUUUCAGUAUAACGGCCAUGGCACUUGUCCCGGUGGUCUGAUUGAGGGUAUUGCAGAUUGGGUGCGACUCCACUGUCUUCUUAGCCCUCCUCAUUGGAAACAAGACGGCAAUGGGAAAUGGGACGCUGGUUAUCAGCAAACAGCCUACUUCCUGGACUACCUGGAGGAGCGUUUCGGAAAGGGCACUAUCAGACGUCUGAACGAGAAGUUGCGGAUUGAGAAAUACGAGGAGAAGCCUUUUUGGACUGAGUUGAUUGGACGGCCAGUCGAACAACUUUGGGGCGAUUAUAAGAAGAAGCUUGAAUCUUGA